AAAAGCACUUCCACAUUCCCGGUCAGAUUUUAUUUAAGAGACGUUUAAGUUCGCUCGGUUCGUAUUUACGGUGCAGUAUUUUUAGACAGGGCUUGAAAUCAAGAAGAAGUCCAGAUGUUUCGGUAGAUGUUGCCAUAUGAUCGUUUUCAUAACUAGCUAAUAUGUGCCUCGGUAACGCCUCCAUGUCGAGUCUCUGUGCGGUUCCAAAGUACAGAUAACGUAGACUAGCUAGCUUGAUAAUGUGGUGGGAGUUCACCGGGUGAAAGUGGACUGAUCUGACUUGAUCCUUCCGCAGUUUGUUACUCACAGAUGUCAGUUUAACUCUCUGUUGUAACAUCAACGUUACUGUUACGUUACGAGUGUGUUUUCUUCAAGAAGCAAAAUGAGUGGAAGAGGAGAAGCGACCGAGGAACCCCCUACAGCUUCAGUUUCACCUCAAGCUAACGUUACAGACCAACAGAAGAGGACGAAAAUCAUUUACAUCGUGUACCUCAUCGCUGCUCUGGACAUCACGUGGAUGUUUUUACAGUUUUCUGUCACCCCUUAUUUGGCAAAGAAGCUUGGCUUCGACACCUUGUGGUUUGGUUAUCUGCAAACCACGGUCGGUGUAAUCCAACUGCUUGGGGGUCCUAUGUUUGGAAGGUUUGGAGAUAUCUUCGGAGCACGGGCAGCUCUGUCUCUGGCAUGUUGUGCAUCAGUGGUUUUCUUUCUGCUGCUGGCCAUAGCAAACCAUCCUGCCAUGCUGUUCGUCCACAAACUCCCCACAGUCUUCAUGCAUGUCCUACCUGCAUCUCAGAUGGUGGUCACAGACCUGUCAGAACCUGAAAAACGGGCAGACGCUUUAUCCAAAAUUGGUCUGUGUUUCGCUGUCGGUAUGAUCAUUGGGUCCACGUUGGGCGGCCAUCUUAACAGACGCUAUGGGGAGACGUUCACUGCUUGUUUCGGUGCUGUGGGGAGUGCCUUCAGUUUACUGUUGGUUUUGAUGUUCAUUCCAAAAACGACCAAAACUCAAGCUCCAAGAACCAACACAGACAGCGAAACCAAAAAGAAGUCAAUAUUCAACGUUGGAGAGAUCACAAGACUGAUGAAGUUUCCAGGUGUGAAGCGGACUUUUGUUGUGAAGAUAGUUGCAGGUUUGCCAUCAGGCAUUUUCCAAGUGAUGUUCUCCAUCAUUGCGAUGGAGUUCUUCAAGCUGCAGCCUGAGGAGAACGGCUAUCUGAUGGCGUAUUUUGGCAUCACCUCAAUUGUCAUUCAGGGAGGAGUGGUCGGUCGGCUGACAGCCAGAUACUCUGACAACUCACUGCUGCUUCUGUCCAUCGCAGUGGCUUCUUUUGUGGGACUGGCUCAGGCUUACAUGCAGAAUGUGUUCCAGUUCUGCCUCACAGUCGUCCCGAUGGUGUUUUCUCUCAGCGUGUUCGGUGUCAUCACAGACAGCAUGCUCACCAAGAGCGUACUGUCCUCUGACACAGGCACGAUGCUGGGACUGUGUGCAUCCGUCCAGUCUCUGCUUCGCACGAUUGGACCGACCAUGGGCGGCUUCCUGUAUGUGAACUACGGCCUUUCCUCCAUAGGGUUGAUCCAGUUUGUUGUGAAUAUUGCUGUGUUUGUGUACCUGCUGCUACGUCGGCCUGAGAAGACAGAAGAGCAAAAGGAGUAAAAUCAGUUUUUAAAAGACCUCUUUUCAUCCUCAAUUAGUCAUCAAACUACCGGAGGAGAUGUAAAUUCAGUAUUUGAUUUUAGGAAAAAUCAUUUCUACAGUUGCAUACAUUUGAAUCACUCUGUCACAGUGGUUUACAUAUUGAGAUGAGGUCAAGUCAGUUUUUCCAGUUUGGUUGCUGUCUGUGGUGAAGUUUCAGAUUUAAACCACUAGAUGGCAGCAAACCCUCCAUUUUACCUCAUGAUACUUUUCCAGGGUUCAACAUUUUUCAAACAAGUUGUUCUAAAAUCAGUUCGCUGUUACUUAGAUUUUAUUAAACGUCAUCAGAAAUUAAAAAAUAAGAAUUACACCAAUUAACAUCAUGCCUAAUCAAAACUAUUUUUAAUAUACCAAAACAAUUCUUAAUAAAAAGUUUAUUUUCUUAUGUGUCAUUGUUUUUCAUUUAACUAUUAAAAAUGUUUUGUACAUUUAUUCAUGAAGAGGCAGAUAGAUAUUCCAGACUUUUGUCUGCAUUGAAUAAGUCACUUAAUCUUAAAGGUCUAAAUGCUUUUUCAGAUCUGUGGCAGAAACGUAUAAAUGUAACUGAAAUAGUCAUAUAGUUCAUUAAUAAAACGAAUGCUGCCAGAACAUUUCAGCCACUUAAGUGCAGUGAUGAUAGCAUGAUCUUUCCACAAGCAACUGCAGCUUUAUUCAUCUGUUAAAACUAUGGCAUUGGACUGGAGUUAUACAGAUAAAAAGAGAUUUCAUCAUGUUUUUAUUUGAUCCUUACAACCAACAGCUCAGUUUAGUCCCAGUCUGCAGAGACAACACAGUGCUUGUACUUAACUUUCCAUUUUCUGCAACUUUAUACUUCCACUCCACUACAUUUAUUUUAGAGCUUAAAUCAGCCACCUGUCACUUUUGAUAUUCAAAACGUGAUGAGAUUUUUAAGAUACAACACAUUGUUAAAAAAUCAAACCAGACAUUUCCAGACUUUUUGGCUUUUGAUCCAGCAUCUAGGGAUUUGCAUGUUGUGUUUGAAAUGUCUAAAAUGUGUUAGCAGUUAGCAAAAUUUGUGUAUGUUACAGAUACCUACAUUCAUUCUCUCUUCAUUUCUACUUGAGCAGCCAUCAGGCAGGAGACAUGCUGCUGCUUUUGUCAGCUAGUUGACAGUAGAACACUGGUAAAGCCACUGGGGACCAACCAACUAAUUUCAUCUUUUAUUUUUAUCUUCCAGGUGGGUGAAAGUCUCAGAAAGCACAGCUAAUCAUAACUCAAUAUUAUGUUCAUUCAUUUCUGUUGUUAGGUUUAUGUAGCAAGUUAGGUUUUAUAAUCAAUAGGUGUCAGUAAGCUGUGAUAGAUACACAGGGUGGGGUCUUUUGUGCUAAUGUGACUACCAAGAGUCCAAUAGGGUUAUGAUGCACAUCAAACUGCCUUGCUGUGCCUAGUAAGGCUUUUUGGUGCAUGUUCGUCCACUUACAACAAAUGGUCUACCUCAAAUUGUGUGUGUCAGGUGCUUUAAUCAUGUUUUGGCUUAUUUUUUCUUCUUUCCUCCCCCAUUAAUCAUCUCAUGUCCACACAGAUCACCACACUAACUUCUGAGCCUUUGGUGGGGCGUAACCGUUAGAUCGAGAACCACUGAACUAAACUCCCUAAAUGUUUAUAAAGUAGAUAAAACUAACAGUAAAAUGCAGUUGAAGCAUCAACGUUUAAUAAUCUAAUAAUGUGUUUUAUAUCAGUAACAGGGGACUUUUUCUCUGCAGAGCAAAUAUAAUAUAAAUAUGAUAUGAAUUUUAAGAUAUUAAAUACAGGACUUUUACUUGUAAUGAAGUAUUUUAUUAAUGUAUACUUUUAAUUGAAUAAAAGAUUUAAAUACUUCUUCCAGCACGAUGUCAUCAACAUCUAAUAUGUAUUAACAAAUAUUAAAUCACCAGUGCAGAAAAACAAAUGACGUACAGCACCCUACCCCUGCAGAAGCCAAGCUGCAGCAUGUUGAAGUGAUGUCACAAAAUCUGCAGCAGGUGUCUUCAUUGUUUCUACAGAAUACUCUGUUUAUGAAAUAUUACAUCCCACAAUCCGGGAUAAAUAUUAUCUUAUUUUAUCAGUAGGGGGUCGGUGGUGUUACAGAGUCAUUAAGGACCAGGCUACACCUUCAACAGAUGUCGCUGGUGUGAUUUUUUGGCCAGUUUGUUGAGUCAAAUAUGUGAUGAAAGCAGCCACACGAGUGGAGGAGACUGACAUUCAGAUUUCAUC